AUGAGAGAGCCGUCAGAAAAACGUGGCUCUCUCAGAAGAAAAUGUAAACAAAUCAAGUUUUCUGCCUUUUCAAACAAAAGUAUUGAAUAAUUCAGUGAAAAAUCCAUUGAUAAUUAUUUAAUCGUGUGUUGUAAGAUAUUCAAAGGUAAAGUUUUUGGUGAAAUUGGUGAAAAUAGAGAGAUUUUGAGAUAAACAAUGAAGGAGGAUACCGAGAAGCCAACUUUCGAAUUAAGGCCAAUGCACUGCGAAUUGGAUUUACUAUCUCGUUCAGAUGGAUCAGCACUUUUUGCUCAAGGUGAGACGGCAGUUAUUGCAUCUGUUCAUGGCCCUGUUGAAGUGAAAUUGCAGAAUUUGCAGUACGAUAAAUCAAGUGUUGAGGUUUACUACAAGAGUAAAAGUGGUCAUCAGAGCGUGGGAGAUAGAUUUCGUGAGCAAUACAUUCGGAAUACCUGCGAAUCGGCACUUCUGACAACACUCCAUCCGCGUACAGCAAUUUCAGUGCAAUUGCAGGAAAUGGAAGAUCGUGCUGGGUUAAUUGCGUGCGCGGUGAACGCGGCGUGUCUGUCACUUUUGCACAGUGGACUCGAAAUGCGCUUCCUCGUGGCUGCUGUCCACUGUGCCCUACGUCCCUCCGGCACUAUCCUGUUGGAUCCUGACGUGAGGACCAUGGCCGAGGACGGUGGCACUGUGGCUACCUUUACGUUCGCCUUUGACAGUGUUUCCCGGCGGACUGUGGCGGUUCACUCGGAAGGCAAGUACACCGUUGACCAAUUCAAUGAGGCUCAGGAUAUUUGCCUCAAGGCUAGUGAAGCCAUCUUUGACUUCUACAGGAAGAGUUUUAAAAAAUACAUGAAGGUUUAUUGUUGAUUUUAAUUCAGAAAUAUUAGCUUUGAUAAAUAAAAAGAUGAGUAAAUUUUCUUCAGGAUAAA